CCAACCCCUCGGAACGUUCUUCAAAUCUCCGCAUACGAACGUGGCGUCUGGCGAUUGGGUGACUGCGGAAGUAAGGGUUGAGCAGUACGAGGUAUAAGAUGCGGUGCAUAACGAUCGAACUGGAAGCAGCAUUGCCUCGACUGUUUCUCCUUCACGCUUGUUUUCCUCAUCGUACGUUCGUUGUCCAGCAUGCGUUCCACCGCGUUCCUUUUCAGCCUUCUGGCUGCCGUCGCCGUGGCAUCGCCAGGCCGCAAACAUCACCCUCGGCAUCACCAUCAUGAGCCUCAUGGCCACCCGUACCGGCCUGUGUGCACGACGACCGUCACGAAGGCGCAGGGCACCGUGACUUCGACUGUCUAUACCGGGAUAUCGAGUAAAAUUAUCACCAUCACUACGGGAACCGCGACAUCGACAUCGACCACGACCACGUCAACGACGAUACUACCAACAAUUACGAGCUGUGCGGCACCUUCCGUUGCAUCCAAGAAGCGUUCCCUGAUCAGGAGCCGAACCCAGCUGGCUACCAGCAUCUUUGCUGGAGCACGUCCACCAUUACGGUCCAUCGACACAAGACGACAAUCACUGUGUCGACCGAGUCUACUACUACAUCGACCUCUACGUUUGCUGAAACGACGACGACGACUACCUCUACCGUCACUAGCACUGCUUUCCCAUCGACACUUGCGGACUUGGCCGGGCCCUUCAUCAUUACCGACCAGACGGGACAAAACGCGUUCGCUGUCGAUACUGCGGAGCAAGGCGCCCAAGAUGAAGAUUUCCUCGCCCUUCGAACUCUCGAUGAGGGGACCGAAUUCAACCUCGUGGCUGGCGCUCUUAUCGAUGACCCAAGCGUGUUACAAGAUGGUGCUGGCGAUACCCUCUAUACAGAUCCUGAAUCCGCUCACUCCUUUUUCAACAGCGACACAGUCCAAGGCUUCCUCACGCCACCCACCUUUACUACUGGCACAGCGCUAUCGUGCUCGGUUUCGCAGAACCCGAAUGACGGGACGUGCCCGCUGACGUGCACGGGUGGCGAGGGUAGCCAGUUCUACUACUGUAAAAGCGAAGCCGUCGAGAUCGAGCUCGGCAGCUCGGAGCCGCCAGGGACUUGUUCGACCGCAGCCGAUUACUCGAAGAUUACCCCUUAUGUCGUUUUCGCUGCGUACGCGUGCCAGUAUUCCAUAGAAAAUCCGGGAUGUUCAUUCGGAGGCUCGAGUAGCUGUAAUGCGGAGAAAAGCUCUUGGUGCUCUUGAAAUGGGAACGGAGAUUUUUGGCGUAUCCAGAUUGGGAUUUCAUUUUUACCUUCCACAAGCGCUCCAUGUGCUGCUAUACCUCUUGAGUCUUGCAGAUGAGGCA